AGCGGCGCGCAUGCGCCCUGCUGCCCGCUCCCCCGCCCCGCCCCGGCUGAGGGGGUGCGCGUCCGCCGCCAUCUUGGGAGGGCGCUGAGGGGGUGCGGGAGCGCCCUGUGUGGGGCAGGGAGACGGGUGUUAGCGGGCUGUGUGCGCUGCUACGCUUUGUGUAGUUCAGGGGAUAGUUUAGGCUCACAAAGCUUGUGCAUUAAUAGGGAUUUUUUUGGGGGGGGGGGGAGUGUCACUCUUCAUCUGCCAGGAGCCAGUGUGUUAGCUCUAAAAGUCCAUGGCCAUAGCAGCACUGCCAAUGUGUUGCUCAAAGGUUCCUGUAGCUCAGGAGCAAAGCCUCUGACAGCAAAACCAAGGCUCUUUUUCCCCCAAAGAAACCCCCCCAGCCUUCUGCAACUUUGAGAGUUGAGAUUUACUAAUCAGGAAUUUUUGAUGUUCAGUGAUCAGAUGCUUGAUUACCUUCAAGCCUUUCUGUUACUUGCCUAAAAUAAUAAGUUUCUCAACUUUGUCAUUUUGUUUUGUGCCUUUGAAGUAGGCUGUUCUUUUUUGAUGGAGCAACAAAGACUUGCAGACUUUGCCCCUGAGAAUUUCCCCUGAAGUCUAUAAAGCUUCAUAUCUAGGAAUCAGAUUAUCUGUUACGCUGUGUUGACUAAGGCAUAUUUUUUCCUCAUUCUUUCUCAGCUGUCGCCCAAGGCCCACAGAUUCUCUCACUGUUCUGGUGCAGCUGAAACCUUGUGUUAGGCUGCUGCAGAUUUUGAGUUGGGGGGAAGAGGGGGGCACAACCAUAGAGUCCCUGCUGUCAUCUCUGGGUUUGAGAAUGAAGUAUCAGAGUAAUAACUAUUUCAGGAGUGCCCCAUUGAAAGUGUUUGACUCUACCAGUUUAUCAAUACCCAGCAGUGUGUGCAGGAUCCCAUUCCUUGCUGCCUUUUAUAGCUCUCACCAUACAUUUAUCAGUUGCAGUUUGGAGGAGCACAAAAUACUCGAUUCACUUGCCGCUCAGAGAGGUGGCAAAGCCACAACAGAAAGUCUGAUGUAUCCCAUAAAACACAUACAAUUUCCUCAUUUUCCUUUUCUGCCUUUACUGUCCAAUCUAUGAACUGCUCUAGGAUGGCGGAGGUCUUUUGAAAUCACAGCCCCUCGAUCCCCUGCCAAUGCAGCAAUUUUAAUCAGUUGCUGGUGUGUAGGUUUAUCCAGAACUCUUCCCUGUGUGCUUGUGCAGAUGCAUAGACCCAACUUAGAGGGGAACAAAAUGGAAGUCGAAGCAUUUUGCAUUUUGGGACUGAACAUGGGAACACAACUGUGUGUUGUGUCUCUUCAGUAACUGCCCUGGAAGGACUGAUGGGGUGGGUUUUUUUCUCCCUCUGUGCUGCUUGUGAGGCCAUGAUCAGGAUGCUACAUGAGGCAACUGAAGGGCAGCAGGUAUCAGAAGGUGCUUUUCAAGAGGAAUGGAUGUGUGAGGAGUCCUCUGCAAAACUGCUGGUGCGGAAGUGCCCCCAGACACCAGCUAGAUGGACAGAUGGCAGUUUUUGAACCAGCUUCACAAGGAGUUGUAAAAACAAAAUGUAGCUAUUUUUAAUCCAGUAGGCAGAGGAGAACUCCAGAGAUGUAGGAACACUUCUGUGUGUGAGUGUGUUUGCUGGCCUCUUGAGUAGUUGUUUUCUUUUAAAUCUGUCAAUAUAUAUUUUUUUAAUUAAAUGCACUGCUGCAUCUUGCAGAGAUUUGUAGAAUCCUUGCCUCUGCAUUUAUUCCCAGAGCUGCAUCUGUUUGCCCAUCUACUUGGUGUUCCCAGGAAAGGAGGAGAUGCAAGUCCAAGCGUUUCAUCACACUGUAACUUAUGCUAGCCAAGAAGCCUGAAGGGACAUAGGCGAAGGUAGGAGCCACCUAAUUCCUAAGAAGAAUUAGCUGGUAAACUUAAGAUGUCUUCCAUUAAGGAUGCUUGACAUCUGGUUUUUGGAAGUCAAGCUGUUUGGUCUGUGAUACUCAUACAUACAGGAGGGGGGAGCAUGGGAUCAGGAGAAUUAUAGGGUCGUGGGGUAAGUGGUAUCAGAGUGAGAAACACUGAUUGUUUUGUUUGUGGGUGGGAGGAAAGGGAACACUGUUUUCUUCCUGUGUGGAUACUGAGUCUGUCACAUUGCAUAGGAGUUGUACCUGAACGUCUUGGGAACAGAAGCUAGAGGGUUUGGCCUAUAGGUUGGCAGGCUCUUUUUAGGGCUGUUACUGUGCUAGACCUGAACCACCAAUGUGUCAGUGGCUCUACAUACUCAUUUUCCAUCCCAGGAGCCAAGUCUGGAGGUGGUGGCAGGGUUGGGCUGGUCCUGUUGGGGCUGAGACUUGAUGCUUCCUCCCCACCUGGAGCGGCUUUCCCCAAGUUCGCACACAGAUUGUGCUGUUUGGAUUUGCACAAUGCAGGGCAUGCUGAAGGUCUCCAUAUCUCAGCCAGCCAACUAGAAGUGCGCACAGCCUCCUUCCUGCAGGAAUUCGGGACCCAGCUGGAAUGCCUACAUGAGCCUUGUUUAUCAGGAAGAGGCUUUGUGACCUGCUGUAGCAGGAAACAGGCAGCACUGACCUCAAGGCAGAUUAGUCAUCUGAUGCUGUGAAGGUUGAUGUUCCCUGGGAAGAGUGUCCUGUUUCUUGAGGAAGGCAUCUGAGUGGGAAAGAUAACAUAUGUGGUGGCUUCAGGCCCUAUAGUUGCUCCAGUCAGCGCAGGGACAGGCGUACGUGAUCCACAAAGGCAGUAGUGCACCAGAUUGUGUGCACCACAGCUGAGGCCGUAUUAGUGCAGCCGUGAUCCUCCAGUCAAUGCAGAGCGUUUAGAAGGAGUUAAGAUGGCACUGAGCAGCAGCAGAGGACUUUGAAAGUCAUUCUCCACUUCCUAAAUUUCUGCUUUGGUAUGAUCCUAGCAGGUGAUAUCCAUUCUUUGUUGACUCCUGAUAAUUGCAAGAUUCGAGUCUGACUUACUGACCAAGACUGAUUUUUGGCAUGGUUAAAAAGGAAGCUACCCUCUUUUCUAAAGUAGUCAUAUAAGUACUGAAAAGAUGUGAAAAGCAUCACUCUCCUUAGUAUUUUAUCAUUGAGGCCUUGGAGAAGAUGUUCUUGGAGCUAACAGUGUGGUAGGGUCUGCACAAAACCUAGAGACUGUGUGGAAGGUGGUUUUGUUAAUGGAUCUUGUGUCCUUGGGCUCUGUGCAGAGCAAUUUUUGCAGCUGAGAGGAGUCAUCUGGGCUGCCAGAAGCUGAAACCAAGUGCCUUGUUUGUCCCGUGGAGCUGAAGGAUAGUAGACUGGGUGCCUGGGUGAUGGAUGAGAAGGAAGAAUAGAAGGAGACUGGGAAUCCAAGAGUGGAAUUGCGGAGAGUGUUUGGGAUCCAGCACAGCUCUCUAUAGGCUGGCAUCUGUCAGUGACCUCACAGGUGGCAAUGUUCUUCUCACAGGUGUGCAUGGCCUUGUCACUUGGAGUGUGAUGUGCCUCAAAAAUGUUGGUGUCUACAACUUUCCUUCGUUUGAGAAGCCAUCCUAGUUUCCCUUUAUAGUCAGCGAAGCCCAGAAGGCAGUUCAGCUGAUCAGAUAAAGACAUAGAUUGGGUAAAUGCCCUGCUUCAGCUGUCGAAGAUGCCUUCAGUCAUGUAGUGGUCGUUCCCAGGAGGGCCACUUAACUCAUCCCAUGGAGCCACAGCUCUCUGCAGUAAACACAAAGCUAGUCAGCAGCAUGUGACUAAUUUCCUUUAAUCAGCGAAUGCUGCUUGGACUACAGCAUCCCGAUGGAAUUACAUUAGAGGUUUCCUCUAAAAUGUUGGAGCUGAACACAAGGCUUUCUUUGCAGACUGCUACCAAGAGAACUAAGAAAGGCUGUAGACAUACUGUUAAUGUCACUCUUCAAGCUGUAUUUGAGGCAGGUUUCCAUAUGAAAAGAAACAAAGACUCAAUAGCAAGAAGCUUCAUCAAAUAAGGAAAUCUCUUUUCUUCAAAUAUUCUGGAGGCCAACUUUUAUAGCGCAUCCAUAGGAAGCGUCUCCACUACAGCCUUUCACUGCGCAGGAGGCAGACUGAAGAUGUAGGCAGCUGGCAAAUGUGGAAGCAAUGAAGAGGUGUUGUGAGGUUGACAGUGCUUUUUAUAGUACGUGCGUUUUCUGGGAAGGACAUAAGAAGGGAGAUAAACAAGAGAUGAUUGUGGCAAGCUGAGAAGCAGCUGUAGCAGACCAAGAUGUUCCAAAGAGAAGAUCACUGCAGAAAGGUCCUCAGGCUCCAUCAGACACCAGCUGAGCACGUUGCAGCAGUGCAGGUGUUACCAUGAGGAUCAGGAGGUGUCCUGCCUGCUCUGCAGCUUGUCUUCUGGUCCUGCUAGGUAAACACCAGAGAGAGCCCAAAAUGCGGGCAGAGCAUCCAUUUUAAGAGAGCUGACAAGCCAGUUCCUGUCCAUACAUGCAUCUGUGGAAGAGUACUCCAAAUCCAGGGGCCUCUGUGGCGCUGCAUGGAUGUAAGAACUGUUGCACCUCUCGGCUUAGACUCUGCUUUUUGAGAAAUGAUGCUCCGACGAGGGUUUAUUAUAUUUCUGCCCCGACUCGUAGGCCUGCUGGUGGUGGCCUGUUGCUCCGUGUCUAUCGUUUACAUGUUGGCUUGCACACCCAGGGGUGACAACGAGCAGCUUGCCUUGCCCAGGGUGCACAGUCCGACUGCGAAGGAGGGGUACGAAGCUAUUCUGCAGGAGCGAGAAGAGCAGCACCGCAAUUACAUUGUCAGCUUGAAGAAACAAAUUGCCCAGCUGAAGGCUGAGCUCCAGGGCAGGAGCGAACAGCUUAAGAACGUGCAGGACCAGUUCCCAGACCCCUUGGAUGUUCGGCUUGAUCCCGGUAACCCAGAGAAGGCCCAGGCUAACCUGCUGGCUUUCCUCCGUUCCCAAAUAGACAGAGCAGAGGUGCACAGCGGCGUUAAGCUGUCCACGGAGUACGCGGCCGUGCCCUUUGAGAGCUUUACCCUGCAGAAGGUGUACCAGCUGGAGACGGGGCUGACGCGCCACCCAGAAGAGAAGCCCGUGAGGAAGGAUAAGCGAGAUGAGCUGGUGGAGGUGAUCGAGUUAGCUGUUGGGAAUCUGAACAAUCCAGAGGGAGACAGCAAUGCAAAGCGCCGCGUGUACACAGCCUCGGACUUCAUCGAAGGGAUCUACCGCACAGAAAAAGACAAAGGCACGUUGUAUGAGCUGACUUUCAAAGGAGACACGAAACAUCAGUUCAAGAAGAUUGUUCUAUUUCGGCCAUUUGGUCCUGUAAUGAAAGUCAAAAACGAAAAUCUCAAUAUGGCUGACACACUUAUUAAUGUCAUCGUGCCCUUGGCCAAGAGAGCUAGCAAAUUUCGGCAAUUCAUGCAGAAUUUCAGGGAAAUGGGCAUUCAGCAGGAUGGGAGAAUUCACCUCACUGUAGUUUACUUCGGAAAAGAACAAAUGAAUGAAGUCAAAUCUAUACUUGAAAAUACCUCUAAGUCAGCCAACUUCAAGAACUUCACCUUUAUCCAGCUGAAUGAAGAAUUUUCCAGGGGCAAAGGAUUAGACAUUGGAGCUCGAGUCUGGAAAGGAAGUAACGUUGUUCUUUUUUUUUGCGACGUGGACAUAUACUUCACAGCUGAAUUCCUGAACUCUUGUAGAUUGAACACACAGCCAGGAAAGAAAGUGUUUUAUCCUGUUCUCUUCAGCCAGUAUAACCCCAGUAUAAUUUAUGGCCACCAGGAUUCCAUCCCAUCUUUAGAACAGCAGCUAAUUAUUAAAAAAGAAACAGGAUUUUGGAGAGACUUCGGUUUUGGGAUGACUUGCCAGUACCGAUCUGAUUUUAUCAACAUAGGUGGCUUUGACCUGGAUAUUAAAGGCUGGGGUGGUGAAGAUGUGCACCUGUACCGCAAAUACCUUCACAGCAACCUCAUUGUGAUCAGAACGCCCGUCAGGGGGCUCUUCCAUCUCUGGCACGAAAAGCGAUGUGUGGACGAGCUGACCGCAGAGCAGUACAAAAUGUGCAUGCAGUCCAAGGCCAUGAACGAGGCUUCUCACGGCCAGCUGGGGAUGCUUGUAUUCAGGCAAGAGAUUGAAACUCACCUGCACAGACAGAAACUGAGCAGUAAGAAGACAUGAAGCCAGAAAGGUGGGCAAAAAGCCUCUGAAUGGAUUUUUUUUUUUAUUUUUUGUGAAAGGAGUUGCUAACUAGAAAAGAUGGGAUGAGACUGAAAGCCAAUGGGGAUUCUAGCAGCCUGGCAGCAAAGCAGAUGAGGGAAGUUCUUGUCCUCACUAAUUCUGGCUUUUCUUAAUAGGGCUUUUAAGUUCUCCAUUAGCCUGACUGUCCAGCACUUGCUCCUGGGGGAGACUUGAACGCUUGAUGAGAUUCGAGGUCAUGGAGACAAUGAACAUUACGUGAAUGCCAGUGUGCUACAAUAACAAAUGGAUGUGCUUUUCUGUGGAAAUGUUUGUAAGAUGUGUGCGGUUGUUUAAAGGAUUGACCCUUUGGUGAACCGAUAAUAACGAGUCAUUUUCUACAUGUCUAAAAAGGGCUGCUGUCAAAAAGUAUGGUUUUCUUUCUGAAAAGAAAACCUGAUUGUUAACGAUGGUUAAGCUGGAGUGACCAAAAAUCUUUUACCCUUACGGGGCUGGGAUGGGGGAACAGCAGCAGUUCACUUACAGUUGAUUCAGAGACAAGAAAUCUCAGUGCUUUCUAAAAUUCAGAAAGACAAAGCCUUGCCAGUCAAGUGUGAUGUUUCAAAAAUGCUGCAGGUUAGCAUUGAUUCUAUUUUGUGGACAGGGAACGAAAAGCAACGAGCCAUGUCUGUACCACGUGAAUCAGAUGGUGUAUUCCUGCGUUACAGUGCUAUAAGUAUCUCAAGAUUCAUUUUUAAAUGGAGUUGGUUUUGCUUGAGAAUUAUGUUGUUAUACUUGCGGUUUUCUAAUUCUAACCUUACUGGGAAAUAGUACAGCCUUCCAAUGCUGGGAAAAUGCUCUGCAGAUCUGUUUUUCCUGUGAAUGGGAGCUGGGUUCAGAUAAGUGAAGUGAUGUUACUACAGAACCUGUGUGCUGGACGAAGCUUUAUGCUGGAGAAAAGGAAACGCAUUUCAACUUGCAGUACUGAUUUAACAGGAGACUUUAAACUCUGAAUGCCAGAUACCAAAAUUAAUGAACAUUUUCUGCCUUUAUACCAAAGUUUUCCUUCUAAACCAAAUCUAGAAUCUUGCCCAGGGCAUAGCAAAGUUUUUUGUAAUUAAGAAAAUAAAUUUUUAUGGU